UUACACAUAAUUUUAAUAUAUUUUAAUUUUAAUGGGUUUCUAUUCUAUUUCUGCUUGUACCUUUCUCUAAUUAAAACAUCAUCAUAUCAUUUCAUUUUCUUUGUACAAAUCAAAACCACAGAGAAAAAGAUUGCAUUUUGAUUCCAUUUCUCCACUUUGUAUAGCAAUAUCUGAGUUGGGUCGGGUCGGAUUUCUGUGGUUCAUGCUAUAUUGAUGGUGGUGGUGGUGGUGGUGGGUCUUCUUCAUUUAGCUUUGACUCUUUAAUCAAUCAGGAAUUCGACCUGUGCAAGACCUUGAUUCUAUGCUGACCUGACUUUGACGCCAACUCUGAAAAAUAUUCAUGGCUGGAAUUGAUGAUAACAUUGCAGUGAUUGGAGAUUGGGUGCCUCCUAGUCCCAGCACAAGAGCAUUUUUCUCGGCAAUGUUAGGUGAUGAUAUUGGCUCAAGAGAACCACCUAGCGAAACUAGGGCUGAGGGACUCUUUUUGGGAUCGCAAGAGAAGAUGACAUCAGGAAAUACUGACAAAAAGGACGGGAUGCAAGUGAGUGUGUCUACUGAAUUAGGUCAUUUCUCAGAGCAGAAAUCAAGCUCACGUGGUAGUCUUGUGGAAAGGAUGGCAGCCAGAACUGGCUCAAAUGCUCCUAGAUUAAAUACAGAAAGCAUGAGAUCAUCGGACCUUUCACUGAACCCCGAUGUUCGAUCUCCUUACUUGACAAUAUCACCUGGUCUCAGUCCAACAAUACUGCUGGAUUCUCCAGUUUUCCUUUCAAAUGCACUGGCACAUCCAUCUCCUACAACUGGAAAAUUUCCAUUUAUCCCAAAUGGUAAUGGUAAAAGUCCAUUUAUCUCAGAGGCCCCUGAUAAAAGUAAAGAUAAUUUUUUUGAGGACAUCAAUGCAUCGUCGUUUGCGUUUAAGCCUAUUGCAGAAGCAGGUUCUUUUUCCCUUGGUGCACCAAACAAGGUAGGAGUUUUAAUGAAUAAUUCUUCAUUCUGUAUUCUUACUUGCCCUGUAUUGUGUGACCACUACUUACAAAUUACUUUCACCCUUAUUCAGCAAUCCUUUCCUAGGAUUGAGGUUUCUGUUCAGUCUGAGAAUUCCCAUCAGUCUCAAAAUGUUGAAUCAGCUAAGAUUCAUUCUCGUUAUGGGAACAGCCUCAACCUUCAGACAGACUUCUCCAGAUCAUCUACUGAAAAAGAUAAUGGGUGUAAUACCAUCAAUGUAGAUCAAACAGUCUUUGAUACUGUUGGUGGAAGUACAGAGCAUUCUCCACCUCUCGACGAGCAACAGGAUGAAGAAGGAGAUCAAAGAGGCAGUGGAGAUUCCAUGGUUGCUGGUGCUGGAGGUGCAUCAUCAGAUGAUGGAUAUAAUUGGAGAAAAUAUGGACAAAAGCAAGUGAAAGGCAGUGAGUAUCCACGUAGCUAUUACAAGUGCACACAUCCCAAUUGUCAGGUUAAGAAGAAAGUGGAACGGUCUCAUGAAGGCCACAUAACAGAGAUUAUAUAUAAAGGAGCACACAACCACCCAAAGCCUCCCCCCAACCGCCGAUUAGCCAUUGGAUCAAACCCACUUCUUGACAUGCAACUAGACAUCCCUGAACAGGCUGGAGUACAGAGUGGUGCUGAUGGUGAUCCUGUAUGGGCAAAUACACAAAAGGGAACUACUGUUGGAACUCCUGAUUGGAGGCAAGACAAUGUCGAGGUGACAUCUGCAGCAACUGUGGGUCCUGAGUACAACCAAUCUACCUCUUUGCAGGCUCAGAAUGGGACUCACUUUGAGACUGGUGAUGCUGUGGAUGCCUCAUCUACCUUUUCUAAUGAUGAAGAAGAAGAUGAUAGGGGGACACAUGGUAGUGUAGGUUAUGAUGGUGAAGGAGAUGAAUCUGAGUCAAAGAGAAGGAAAAUUGAAGCUUAUGCAACAGAAAUGAGUGGAGCCACCAGAGCUAUUCGUGAGCCUAGAGUUGUGGUCCAGACAACAAGUGAAGUGGAUAUCCUUGAUGAUGGAUAUCGCUGGCGCAAGUAUGGGCAGAAAGUCGUGAAAGGAAAUCCAAACCCAAGGAGCUAUUACAAGUGCACUAGUGCAGGCUGCACAGUGAGAAAGCAUGUGGAGAGGGCAUCACAUGACCUGAAGUCUGUGAUCACCACGUAUGAGGGAAAGCACAACCAUGAUGUACCUGCUGCUCGCAAUAGCAGUCAUGUCAAUUCUGGCUCCUCUAAUGCUGUUACUGCCCAAGCUGUGGCUGCUGGUCAAGCUCACGUUCAUAGGCCCGAACCAUCACAAAUGCACAAUGGCAUGGGAAGGUUCGAUAGGCCUGCUGCAUUCGGUUCUUUCAGAGUACCUGGAAGACAGCAUUUGGGACCUUCUUCUGGCUUCUCAUUUUCAAUGAAUCAACCAAGGCUGGCCAAUCUAGCUAUGGCAGGACUGGGCCCUGGCCAAGCAGAACUGCCUGUUAUGCCUGUUCAUCCAUAUUUGGCUCAGCAACGUCAGGUGAAUGAAAUGGGUUUCAUGAUGCCAAAAGGAGAACCAAAGGUGGAGCCAAUGUCAGAACCUGUUCUAAACUUGUCCAAUCGUUCAGCAGUGUACCAACAGCUUAUGAGUAGGCUACCUCUUGGACCUCAGAUGUAAAUGUUUCUGCUUUGUUUUAUCGAUUAUAUUCUAUUUAUAUUAUUAUAACUUUGUUGUUGUUCUGAGGAAAGUAGUAAUAUUUAUAAAUCUAUACAUAACACUCUCAGUUUCAUUGGUGAUCCAAAAUUUUAUGUACCAAAUUGGUGUUGCAAACAGAUGAAGAAAGCAUUAAUAUGGAACACCACAUGCUUAGAGCUUGUGGUGGGGGCCCCAACAAGAAUGAUAGAGAUGACAAUUCAUUGUUUUUUUGUUUUUUUCUAGCUUUGUUUGUUACUUCUUGUUAAACGUCUCUUGUACCGAAGAUGCUAGUUCAAGCCUUAUGCAUCGUUAUAUCUUAUGCCUCUGUAUUU